GGCUCGCCUUCUCCAGGUCCCGAGGAGUCGGCUGGGGAGCUGGGCGGGAGCUUCGGGGAGGGGGCGGGGAGUGGCUCCGGCUUUAGCCGGGUGAGCCCGGGGUUGCCCUAGAGUUUAGCCAGGAGGAGGAGGAGGACGACGAGCCGCGCUCGAUUUAGUUGGCCUGCCGGGGAGGAUGUCUGGAGCCCCGGAGGCCGCCGCGCUGAGGGCCGGGGAUCCAGACGCCGCUGCGGACGCCGAGGCCCGCCAGAGGAAGCUGGAGUCCAUGAGCCGAAUCCCCCGGCUGCCGGUCCACAUGGAGAGCCUGUUGCCAUCAAAAAUAAAGAUUAAUUUAGAAGAGAAUGUACAGUACAUGGCCAUGAGAAAAGCACUAAGAGUCGCAAAGCCUCGUUAUGAUGUGUCUUUGGUUUAUUUAACCCGUAAAUUUAUGGAGCUCAUCAAAUCUGCUCCUGGUGGAGUUCUUGAUUUAAAUGAAGUUGCAACAACAUUGGGAGUACGGAAGCGAAGAGUAUAUGACAUCACCAAUGUAUUAGAUGGAAUUGACCUCAUUCAAAAAAGAUCUAAGAACCAUAUUCAGUGGAUUGGAUCUGAUCUUGGUGGCAUUGGAUCAAAAGUACCCCAGCAAAAGAAGAUAAGGGAUGAACUUACUGAUUUAACAGCAAUGGAAAAAGCUUUGGAUGAGUUAAUUAAGGAUUGUGCUCAGCAGCUGUUUGAACUAACAGAUGACAAAGAAAAUGAAAGAUUAGCAUAUGUAACCUAUCAAGAUAUCCAUAAUAUUCAAGCUUUCCAUGAACAAAUUGUUAUUGCAGUCAAGGCUCCAGAAGAAACCAAAUUGGAAGUGCCAACUCCUAAAGAAGAUUGUAUAACCGUACAUAUAAAGAGCACAAAAGGACCUAUUGAUGUUUAUUUGUGUGAAGUCGAACAAGAUAACAUAAGUAAUAAAACAUUUGAAGAAAUGAGCACUAUAUAUGAAAGUAAGUCUACAGUUCAUCUUGAUCAAGUUAAGAAGACAUUCUAGCUUGUUAUGUUUAUUUCUUUGUAGAAGGAAAUCUACAGCAGAAUGAAUCAAAUGAAAAAACCACAAAUUGUCCUGAACAUUAAAACUAUGGAAUGAUUUCAACGAUUUUUGUCAAGUUGACUUACUUUCCUUUGUGGUGAGACUCGAUAUUUCAAUUUGGACUUAAAAAAAAAAUCAGCUGUUUGAGGACUUCUGUGCCCACUUUCACAUUAACAUUAAGACCAAUACUUUGAGUAGUUCUCUUGUUUAGUUACAUCAGCUUAUUGUGGAACAUGGCUCAUUUUAUAAACAAUUAUGUAAGCAUAAUUUGGCAUUUACUUAAGUGAAGCAAGGACUUUCCAUAUUGAAAAACAAAUUCAUGAAAACUAUUUUUGGGGCACAUGUUUGUUUCUACUAAAACAUUUAAACUAUUCUUGAAAUUGAAGAACACGUCACUAACUUUUUCUUUACAAUGCAGAAAAUGUACCAAGUGAAAUUAUGCUUUACAUCAUAUGAGGACUGUUUGCAUUGUGUGCAGUCAGCUGUUUAAAUAGUAAAGGGUGUACACAAUAAAAUUAAAUGUGAAUACUCCUGUAUAUAUUUGUAUAAUGUUUAGAUAACUCAUGAAAAAUGUGAAGCAUACAUAAAUUUUUCACCUUGUACAGCAAAAAAUAAAAUGUAA